AGACAGUUGUGUACAUGGUGUGCGUCUCUUCUUGGAAAUGAAUCUCCGCGGUGGCCUGGCGGUACUUUUCUUCAUUCUCGCGGAUGUUGAUUGCACGAUCCUGAGGAUCGUGCAGGAAAAUCAUUUCUCGUCGCAUAGGCAGCCACGUGCGAUUCUAUCGGUGAAAAAUGUCACUUCCUCCUCCGUGGCGGAGGGAAAGGACGCCGGAAGAACGACAGGUCGGAUAUUCAACGGAAAGCCGAGCAAACGAGGCUCUUGGCCCUGGCAAGUGUCCCUGCAGCUCCUCCAUCCAAAGUUAGGAUUUAUCGGUCACUGGUGCGGCGGUGUUCUCAUUGAGCCCACUUGGGUCGUCACAGCUGCUCAUUGCAUUCAUAACGAGCUCUUCAAUUUACCAAUCGGUGCAUUAUGGACGGCGGUGGUCGGCGAAUGGGAAUUAGACUCUGGUGGACGUGGCUCGGCAAGACUACCUGUUGAACGGGUGAUCCUCCAUGAGAGAUUCAACAAUUACUUACACGACAUUGCUCUGAUGAAGUUAGCCAGACCAGCUCCUUUGUCGAAAGCAGUACGAACAAUAUGUUUACCGGAGCCGGAAGAGGAGCUCAAGAAUGGACAAUGCGUUGCUUCUGGCUGGGGUCGAUACGGCCCCUCUCAGUCACUUUCCACUGCACUUUUGGAAGCCUCAGUGCCAUUGCUAGAUCUUGAAAUAUGUAUGAAAGCUUAUGGAAAAUCAGUACCGCUCCGACGCGGCCAUCUUUGUGCUGGUCACACUGAUGGUUCGACCGGAAGUUGCGUGGGUGAUUCUGGAGGGCCAUUGCAAUGUCGCCGCGCAGACGGAGUGUGGCAAUUGGCAGGUGUCACGUCUUUCGGAUCAGGAUGUGCUAGACCAGGAUAUCCCGAUGUCUACACUAGGAUACAGUAUUACGUGAAAUGGAUAAGAAAUAUCAUGAGCAACAACGAUGACACGCAAUUUUUAUAAUUGUAAUCAGUAUAUUAACUCGCGUCUACCUUGAAAUGUAGAUACAAUUAUGUAAAUAUUAUUCAAACAGGCAAAUAGACCAUUGUA